AUGGCUAGCAAACGAAAUACUCUUGCAAAACAUCUCAAAAGUCUCCAUCAACCUGGUAAUCCCAUUGUUCUUGCAAAUAUCUAUGACGGAGCUUCUGCCAGAGUAGUUGCGUCUUUMCCCGCCGCGAAAGUCAUCGCAACGGCAAGUUACGCCGUCGCGGAGGCCGCCGGCCUGAAAGACGAAACCUUGACUCGAGAAGAACUUUUGCGGUCCGCCAAAGCUAUUGCCGCCUCAAUCCGAAACUUUGACAAGCCUUUGACUGUCGAUGUCAGAGAUGGAUACGGAAGGAUGCUUGAAACCACGGUGAAAGAAUUGAUCGAAGCUGGAGUUGUCGGUGUCAAUCUAGAGGAUUUUGACAAUGAUGCAAAAGAAAUGUACAACGAGUCAGAGGCAGUGGGUCGGAUAAAAACGGUUCUCGAAUUGGCAAAAGCUGCUGGAGUACCCGACUUCGUUAUCAACGCCAGAUGUGACACACUCGUUAACAAUGGGAACCUAGAUGAGGUUAUUGAACGCGGUAAGGCAUACCUACAGGCGGGGGCUACCACGGUUUUUGUUUGGGGAGGAUCGAUUCGAGGGGGKAUAACUCGUGACGAAGUUAUUAAACUAGUGAAGGCUUUCGACGGACGGUUAAACGUGUUGAUUACUUCCAAGAAUGGUUUGUCUACCAAAGAGCUGGCGACAAUCGGAGUCUCCCGAAUAAGCGUUGGUCCUAUGCUUCAACUUGCCGGUCUUGAAACGCUCAAGGAGGUCGCUCAAUCUAUUCUUGAUGUUUGA